GGAUCCUGAAAGGUUUCACUCUGCUUCCUAAAGACCUGAGCCCGGCUCCCAUAACGCCAUGGCUUGCUUUGGAGUUCGGGGGCACAAGGCUCUACUGGAGCCGGCUUUCAGGACCUGGCUCUGCACUGCCCUGUUUUCUCUUCUCUUCAUCCCUGUCUUCUCCGAAGCCAUGCAUGUGGCCCAACCUGCAGUGGUGCUAGCCAGCAACCAGGGUGUUGCCAACUUUGUGUGUGAGUUUGCAUCUUCACCCAAUGCUGCUGAGGUCCGAGUAACAGUGUUGCGGCAGACCAACAGCCAGACCACUGAGGUCUGUGCCACGACGUACAUGGUGGGUAAUGAGUUGACCUUCCUAGAUGACCCCACCUGCACUGGCACCUCCAUUGGAAACAAAGUGAAUCUCACCAUCCAAGGGCUGAGGGCUGCAGACAUGGGGCUCUACAUCUGCAAGGUGGAGCUCAUGUACCCGCCACCAUACUACGUGGGUGUGGGCAACGGGACUCAGAUCUAUGUCAUCGAUCCAGAACCGUGCCCAGAUUCUGAUUUCCUCCUUUGGAUCCUGGCAGCAGUUAGUUCGGGGUUGUUCUUUUACAGCUUCCUCAUCACAGCUGUUUCUUUGAGCAAAAUGCUAAAGAAAAGAAGCCCUCUGACAACAGGGGUUUAUGUGAAAAUGCCCCCAACAGAGCCAGAAUGUGAAAAGCAAUUUCAGCCUUAUUUUAUUCCCAUCAGUUGAGAGACCAUUGCAAAGAAGAAAUACCAUAUUUAAAUUUCUAAGAAUUGAGGCAAUCUAACUUUGUGUUAUCCAGCUAUUUUAUUUGUUUGUGUAUUUUGGGGGGAAGUUGCUUCUCUUUAAUAUAAUACUGGAUGCAGAACUCAAAUUAAGCAUGCUACAAUUUAAAGCAAAGGACCAGAAAAAAAGCAAAGCUGGAAUAUUCCUGUCACAUCAGAUCCAACUUUAGUAAAAGCAUCAUAUGGGAGCAACAUGAGGAUGCAGCAUUAUGAUGUGAGGUUAAGAAAAUAAGUUAGGAAUGACAACAGCCCAAAGGGGAAAAAAAAAAGAGAGUAGGGAAAGGACUGGAUUGUACACAUCUUGUAUUUAUGUGUGAGAUGUUU